CCCUUACCCCCUCCUAUCCCACCCUUUAUGUUUUGGUCCUGAAUUCUCUCUGCUUGUGUGUGUGAUUUACUACGCGCAGCACUGAACGCAUCGCAAAAUCUAGUAAUUUCUUAGGCAAUUGUCAACCUGCUUGAAAGCCUACUCCCUUUCAUAAUUAUUGGGAUUACAAUUAUUGCUGCAAUCAGACUAGUUCUGACUGCCUACGUACAGUAAUUCUCGGGCAUUCCCCGUCAUGACCUAGCCCGCCCCUCUGGUUGAAUGGAUGGGAAACCUCAUUAGUUCAACCAUAGAUUCUCUGCCGUGAACGUCGUCUGUAAUCUGUUAUCAUUUUUGGGUUUACUUCGAUGACGGAUCUGUGUAUUCUGUCGUUACAUUUGAUGAACUAUUGUCCAUCUGGUAAAUAAACGAGCAACGGCAAUACACUGGUUGGUACGCGUUAGGGCUUAGGCCAUGGGGGGAAGCAAGAGCAAGCCCAAAGACGCAGGCCUUCGGACACGGAGUCUUGAUGGUAACAUCAGUUUAGGAGGAGGGGGUGGCGGCUACAACAUCAGCCCCGCCCAGCACACCCUCACGCCCAAUCUGAGUCCAGCAGUGGGCGGAACACGCCGGUCCACUCAGCCGUUGAUUAAUACCCCUGAGCUGGCCCUGUUUGGGGGAGUGGAGUCCGCCAAUAGCGUCACAUCUCCUAACAGAGGGACACUUGCAGGAGGUGUGACGACGUUCGUGGCGCUGUAUGACUACGAGUCUCGCACUGCCUCCGAUCUGUCUUUCAGGAAGGGGGAGCGGCUACAAAUAGUAAACAACAUGAGAAAGUUGAACAGCAGAGAAGGGGACUGGUGGCUGGCUCGCUCUCUGACCACUGGAGAAAGUGGUUACAUCCCCAGCAAUUAUGUGGCUCCUUCCGACUCCAUCCAGGCAGAAGAUCAUCUCAGAUUGCCUAUGGCUUCCAGGUGGUAUUUUGGCAAGAUCACACGUCGCGACUCGGAGAGGCUCCUCUUGAGUUUGGACAACAGGAGAGGGAUGUUCCUGGUGAGAGAGAGUGAGACCACCAAAGGUGCCUACUGUCUGUCAGUCCUGGACUAUGACAACACUAAAGGGCUGAAUGUGAAACACUACAAGAUUAGAAAGCUGGACAGUGGAGGGUUCUACAUCACCUCACGCACUCAGUUUAACAACAUACAGCAGCUGGUCACACACUACCACAAGCAUGCAGACGGACUGUGCCACUGUCUGACGGAGGUAUGUCCCGUACUAAAGCCACAGACCCAGGGCCUGGCCCGCGAUGCCUGGGAGAUCCCCAGGGACUCCCUAUGCCUCGACCUCAAACUGGGACAGGGAUGCUUCGGAGAGGUCUGGAUGGGCACGUGGAACGGGACAACGCGGGUAGCGGUCAAGACCCUGAAGACAGGUACCAUGUCCCCCGAGGCAUUCCUUAUGGAGGCCCAGGUCAUGAAGAAGCUGAGACAUGAAAAACUGGUUCAGCUGUAUGCCGUGGUGUCUGAAGAACCUAUCUAUAUUGUCACGGAGUACAUGGGACAAGGAAGCUUGUUGGACUUCCUGAAGGGAGACAUGGGCAAGAUGCUCCGCCUUCCUCAGCUGGUUGACAUGGCCUCACAGAUUGCCUCAGGGAUGGCAUAUGUAGAGAGGAUGAACUACGUCCACAGAGACCUCAGGGCUGCCAACAUUCUAGUGGGAGACAACUUGGUUUGUAAAGUGGCUGACUUUGGACUGGCCCGUCUCAUAGAGGACAAUGAGUACACUGCCAGGCAGGGAGCAAAGUUCCCCAUCAAGUGGACGGCUCCUGAAGCUGCACUGUAUGGCCGCUUCACCAUCAAAUCAGACGUCUGGUCGUUCGGGGUCUUACUGACAGAACUGGCCACCAAGGGGAGAGUACCAUAUCCAGGCAUGGUGAAUCGUGAGGUGUUGGACCAGGUUGAACGUGGUUACAGGAUGCCUUGUCCUGCUGAGUGCCCUGACUCCCUCCAUGACCUCAUGCUCACCUGCUGGAGGAAGGACGCUGAGGAGAGGCCCACAUUCGAGUACCUGCAGGGCUUCCUGGAAGACUACUUUACCUCCACUGAGCCACAAUACCAGCCCGGGGAGAACCUUUAGUCGAGAACCUGAGGUACUAUAGGGCUCAUGUUGGAAGGGGAGAGGGGAACGGUGCUCUGGAUACAACCAGACUGACCUCUGUUGCACCUGGAACUGAACUCCCAAUGACCACACACCUACUCCUGACCUUAUUAUAAUUAUUCAAUGUGACGAUAUCGUUAUUUUGUUACUUGAUUGAUGUUGAUAUCCUUCUGAUUUGAAAAGGACAGCACUAAUCUACUGGUUUAUUUUGAGUUAAUCUACAUUCAUACCUGUCAGUUACUGUGUGCUCCUAUUGACAUUGUGCGGUAGCUCCACCCCCCCCCCCCCCUCCCCCUCCUCCUUUAUUUAUCAUUGGACAUGAGCAGCAUCCAACUGUAUGCACCAAUUCAAUCCAUCUCUUUAGAGAUACACCUUUGGAGGGCUAAAGAAAUAACAGAUUUCUCAUAUCCCUAUUGGUUCCUCUCUACAAUGAGAUUCCAUGUUUAAGGAUGGGUUCUUGUUAUGGUAUGUCUUCCAAUCUAUUCCCACAGACUGCUUGAGAAGCAACUCUGAGGGGUACUGUUGUCAGGAUAUCACUUACGUUUUUGAUAAAAUUUGUUAUAAAACCUGGAAUAUUUGGUAUUUUCAGGUGAACAUUUUCCCUCUACAUUGUGGCCAUUCUUGGCAGCUUGAGGUGUUGUUUGUAGUUGACCGAGGUGGGUGGAACUUUCACUACGCAGACACUUCCAUGAAACAAAUUAGAAUUGCUAUGCAUGGAACACCCCUCCCCAGGCACUCUUAAAGAAGAUGAGAGGAGAAUAUUGUUUGUUAUUUUUCAUUUUAUAUUCACAGCUUUUCUAGAAGAAGACAAAAAAGGCUACUGAUGAUCACUCAGUCUCCUCUCAGGAAGGGGACCAUGAAACCUGCUGCAAUGUUUUUGUGCCAAUGCUGUAAAUUACUAUUUUCUACUCUCUUCAUUGUUUAAAGUUACAUUUUUGUCUUACUACAUAGUUCAAUAAGCGUUGCCCUGUAAUUAUACACACUAUUUGUGAAUCAUUCCCAAACGUGUGUUUACUGCAUCUGAAUAAUACCAUCCAUAUUCCAUCAAAUAUCUAAGGCAUGUAUUUUAAGUCUUUGGUUGUACAAACAUUCAGAUUUAAAACUCUGUCAAUGUUCUGCAAUGGUUUUUAGUUAUUUUCAGGAAAGGAGUAACCAUUAGACCUUUCACAAUCUAUUAUUUGAGAAGUGGUAUCAGUGCAGCCGCUGGUUAAAGGUAGACUCAGCGAAAUGAUGUUGCCACGAGCAGCACUGCAGAUAUUGAGAUGAGCGAGAUGCAAGACUUCACUCACAUAGUCACACCCAGUAUCUGCGCAUGUGCACGGGUUCGCUUCACGCUGUUACAGCGUGGUAGCCAGGCGAAGUUGAGCCUUGCCAAAUGAAUCCACUGUGCUGUUAAUUUCUGCAUCUAUGUCAUAUCGCUGAGUCUACCUUCCAAAAGUAAGUGGACAUCUGCUCGUCGAACAUCUCAUUCCAAAAUCAUGGGCAUCAAUAUGGAGUUGGUUCCCCCCCUUGCUGCUGUGACAGCCUCUACUCUUCUGGGAUGGCUUUCCACUAGAUGUUGGAAAAUUGCUGUGGGGAUUUGCUUCCAUUCAGCCAUGAGCAUUAGUGAGGUCGGGCACUGAUAUUGGGUGAUUAGGCCUGGCUCGCAGUCGACGUUCCAAUUCAUCUCAAAGAUUUUUGAUGCGGUUGAGGUCAGGGCUCUGUGCAUGCCAGUCAAGUGCUUCCACACCGAUCUCGACAAACCAUUUCAGUAUGGACCUCACUUUGUGCACGGGGGCAUUGUCAUGCUGAAACAGGAAAGAGCCUUCCCCCAAAUUGUUGCCACAAAGUUGGAAGCACAGAAUUGUCUAGAAUGUCAUUGUAUGCUGUAGCGUUAAGAUUUCCCUUCACUGGAACUAAGGGGCCUAACCCGAACCAUGAAAAACAGCCCCAGACCAUAAUUCCUCCACCAAACUUUACAGUUAGCAUCAUGCAUUUGGGCAUAGUUCUCCUGGCAUCCGCCUAACCCAAUUCGUAUGUUGGACUGCCAGAUGGUGAAGCAUGAUUCAUCACUCCAGAGAAUGCAUUUCCACUCCUCCAGCGUCCAAUGGCGGCGAGCUUUACACCCCUCCAGCCGACGCUUGGCAUUGUGCAUGGUGAUCUUAGGCUGGUGUGCAGCUGCUCGGCCAUCAACCCAUUUCAUGAAGCGCACAACGAACAGUUAUUGUGCUGACGUUGCUUCCAGAGGUAGUUUGGAACUCUGUAGUGAGUGUUUGCAACUGGGGACUGACUUGUUGGAAAGGUGCCACAUUGAAAGUCACUUAGCUCUUCAGUAAGGCCAUUCUACUGCCAAUGUUUGUCUAUAGAGAUUGCAUGGCUCUGUGCUUGAUUUUAUACAUCCGUCAGCAACGGGUGUGGCUGAACUAGCUGAAUCCACUGAUUUGAAGGGGUGUCUACAUAUGUGUGUAUAUAUAGUGUAUUUAGUGGGGUUAGUUUUCAUUGAAUGAUGGAGAAAUGAUUCUGAAGAUAUGAGAGGAGCAGGUUAGCAUUUUAUCAUGAACCUUGUUCUGGAGACAGCUCUGCAGAGUGGUCUAGCUGGCACAGCCACAAAAUCAUAAAAUCUGAUUUUAAACCUAACCGUAACUACACUGUCAACACGUAUGCCUAACCUUCAAUUAUGACCAAAAAGCAAAUUUGUGUUUUCAUGAAUUUUUACAUUAUAGACAAUUUUGACUUUGAGCGAUUUUGCCUUAGAUAAGCCAGCUGCAAUUGUGCCUCCAGGACAAGACUCACGACAAUAAACGUCAACCUGCAUGAGACGACAGAGCUUCCCAGUGGCCUGAGAUGUUGAAUUGGCAUUUUGAACAUCCACUGUCAUUGGGCAAUUGUACAUAAAUAUCCUCAAUGCUAAUAUUUUUGUAUAUAUCCUGUUUCUAAUUUAUUCAUAUUAUUAAAGGUCCUUUUGUUUUGUCUAUUUAUUUUCAGCAUCAUUCUGCCUGUUGCCAUGUCUACGGUACAUCCCACGAUUAUAUUGGGAGCUCAUGAGUGACAAGUGAAGAAACCGUUUUUUUUAUUUUUCUUUUGUAUUACAUCUUUCUUUAUACGCCUGUCUUUGUACCACUUUUACUUUAUUUCCAUCUUUUUACGAAACCAUGCUUAUUGGUACUACAUUGUAGGCUGAGGAACUGCCAGAGGAACAUGGUUGAAAACAAGCUUUCAUCAGUGGUGCGUUCAGUACGUUUUUUACUUUCUGGAACGUUCAAUUGAAUGGAAACGGUACUGAACGUCCAGUUGAAAAACGGGGUUGGGUUGGGGAACGCUAUUAGCAUGGCCACUGCCCUUUUAAAUACGUCACUCAUUGUGUCAAGCCACACCCACCCAAAUACAGCAAACAUACCUCAAUAUCUGUUCAAGAAGGUACAAGAAUAUUUUGGGGAAACGUGUAGUUCGAGUACAAACUGUUCCGCAAACGUUUAAGUAAACUGAACGCACCUCAUUUCAGAAUAAGAGAGCACCUUUUUAUAUAGCCUUUAAAAGGUGCCACUGAUUCUAUUUCUGCUAUGAAAAAUUGCAUUGAUCAAUCAUACGUUAACAUGUCGAAGUCUUUCCUACUCUUAAGGCGGGGAGACUGGCUUGCGAACUGAAGGUCAGUGUUUUUAUAGAAGACAGCUGAUGUACAGUGCUGUGGUACAGCAUGGUUUCUAUGUUACUGUGGCAAGAAGACUUGCAUCAAGAAUAUGAACUGGGUAUUGUGGUACUGUACAGCUUCUUGAGUGCUAAGAUUUCAUAAACCACUAGAAAUUCUACACUGAUUUCAUUGAAUUCUCAGACAUUGGCAUAGAUUAUUAAUCUGAGUUAUGUUUUCGGUCCUGUGAAUAUAUGGAGCAGCAGACUGACUAGUCUGUCGUCUUAAUCUUAAUCCUCAUUGUAUGAUCAUAUUGAUAAAACAAGGACGUCUCCAUUGGGUUCUUUGGCUCUUUUUCUCCUCAACCUAUGCAGUUUUUGGAUCUGUGAUAUUCCUUUGUAUAAUCUUUUUUACUGCAUUCUGUGGAAAAUGUAAGAAUUUCAGGCAAUAAUUUUUGCUAUUGUCUAAAUACUAUUGUAUAUUGUUUAAAAUUCAAAUGAAAAUGUUGGAAUAAAAUGUGUACAUUGCAAACUAA